AGUACCAAUAAAAAGAAGAUAGCCUUAUUCCCAGUCCCAGUGGUAUGUAAUUUUUAGCCACAACAGUAACCACUUGUCAAGGCCAUUGGCUUGUUUAUAUUAUCAGGACUAACUAGGUAGCCUUCUCGCUACCAUAUGUUAAUCUCUAGUGUAAAUAUGGAGUUCUUAUCUUCAGUAAACACUGUAUCUUACUAGACUUUGUUUUAAAUUAAGAUAAAAAUCAACAUUCAGGAGAGUACUAGAUCUGCUAUAUGCAAUGGAAGUCACCAUCACCAAACUGGAGGCCCCUGAAGACUACGAUAGAAUACAGCCUUUGUACAUAGAGUUCCAAGACUCUGUCCCACUUAACCGUAUGUUUGGAAUCACCACUCGGAGGUCAGUAAAGCCAACCUAUAGCCCUGAAGACUUCAUCAUAGUGGCAGAAGAUGGACAAGGAAACAUCAUCGGAUUUGCAGCCAACAAAGUUCAUGCUACCAUCACCCGAGAACCUGAUCCGUCUCCAGAGCGACUUGAGCUGGAAGAGUUCUUAGAGUUUAUUACCAUCCAGGAGCAGUUGGAUAAAUUGCCGCAGAGGUGGAUAGAGCUGCGAGUGUUGAUGGUAACGGAGGGAUGGAGAGGGCGAGGCGUGGCUCGUAGACUAGUUGAGAGAAGUAUCCAAGAAGCAAAGGCUGCCAGGUUUAAAGCUCUCACUAUGUGCUGCGUCAACGAGUACACUGCUAGACUCGCGAGGAGCCUCGGAUGGAAGGAGCAUUACCGUCUAGCCUACAGUGACUAUCCGCGACUGUCUGGGAGAAACGUUCAACUCAUCCCCAACCCUCCUCAUGAACACGUGUACUGCUACUACACAGAACUGACUGAUAAAUAGUACUAAGGAUAGAUGAAUAGAUGAAUCAGUUAGGAUUUACAGAAUAACAUUAGACUGUCAAAAACAAAAACAUAAGACAUGGAUCUUUUAACUUCAGGUUGUACACCCUAUGUAUGAACCAAUUGGUCUACAGAAU